AUGUUCAGAAAUGAGGUAUAUCGGUAUUUACUAUGGGCAUCCUAUGAUGGUGCUCGGUUUAUGGCCGUUGCUAAUGGAAGUAUCAAUCAUAGUGUGCUUAGUUUUCUGAAAGCACUUGUGCGAGGGACUUUUCCAGAUAUUGGAAAGCAGUUUAAAAUGUCGCCUUCAAGCAGAACUGAUGCGGGAGUACAUGCAAUACGAAACGCUUUUAUCAUGCAAAUUCCCAUCGGAAAUGUAGAUGAAGACAAGAGUAACCUACUAGAUGAUUGGAAUCACAAAACUAAGGAAUGUAUUGGUACAUCGUUACGUGUUCUAGAUUUUCAUGCCGUUUCGAAAGGUUUCUGUUCCAGGAGAAAUGUUUCAUACAGAAAAUAUAAAUAUCGGUUAGCCAUAGCAGAAAACGAGGAAGAAUGGUUGAAAAAUGCAGAACAACCGCUGUUGUGGCAAUUUGCCGAAAGGCCGUAUAUUUGGUUCUUACCAAAUGGUUUUGACAUUCGAAAGGCUGCAGACGCAUGUUCCUUAUUCCAAGUAAACUUUUGA